AUGUCCACUGCAAGUGACUGGCAGCAAGACCAUGAGGUAGGGAAGAAGAUCAAGAGUGAGUCGGCGGCGGAGGCGGACCGGAUGAUGGCGGCGGCACGGAGGAGUAGCAGCCUGCCUGCAGCAGGCGCAGGACCAGGAUCGACACCGUCGUUCAACACGAUGACCCCAUGUGCCGCAUGUAAGCUGCUCCGGCGGCGGUGCGCGCAGGAGUGCCCCUUCUCGCCUUUCUUCUCGCCGCUAGAGCCGCACAAGUUCGCCUCCGUUCACAAGGUCUUCGGCGCGAGCAACGUCUCCAAGAUGCUCCUGGAGGUGCACGAGAGCCAGCGCGGCGACGCGGCCAACAGCCUGGUGUACGAGGCGAACCUGCGGCUCCGCGAUCCCGUCUACGGCUGCAUGGGCGCCAUCCUCACCCUGCAGCAGCAGGUGCACGCCCUGGAGGCCGAGCUCGCCGCCGUCCGCGCCCAGAUCCUCAAGCACAGGUACCGCCCUGCCGCCGCCGCGGCGGCGUCCGCGGUGCCCAACGUGCCCCCGUCCUCGCACGCCUCACAGCUCCUCGCCGCCGGAGGCCACCGGCCGGCUGGGUCGCUGGGGCUGGCAGCGCCGGCGGUGGGGCCUGUGGCUUCCGCGUCGUCGUCAACCACGGUGUACGCCGCGGCGUCGAGCUCCACGGACUACAGCUCCAUCACGCAUGAGAAUGUUCCGUUUUUUGGUUGA